AUGCGGGGUCUGAUUUGCGCCCUCGUUCUGCAGGUGGCUUUAGGGGGAGUGGCCUUGGGGACCGAAAAGGUACCGAGGAGCGACACCUUUCAGAGCCUGGAGCAACUCCUGGCAGAGGAGGAUUUAUUCUCUCCAGACAUCAUCUGGCUGGACGACGAACUUUCCCCCUCUGAUAACCCGCUGAUGGCGUACCUUGACAACGACGAAGUUGGAGGGAUAGACUGGUCCGGACCCGUGAACCGAGGUAAAGCAUCUACUCUUGGUUUUAGGGUAGCCGGGUGGGCUAUUAAUGGGAGUAAAGGAACACGGGGAGCGGCUUUUUUAAGUUCCUUGGUCCAUCUAACUCAGUAUCGUAUGCUGGCAGGGUUUUAGACAAGUGGGGUGGUUCUCCUCCGGGUGCCAUGUGGAGAUGGCAGAGACUGAUCCUGGGUUCUUCUUUAUGUAAAGUCGUCUCCUAUUUCCAUUCACAGUGAUUGUCUGUGGAGCGUUGUGGAGUCCGUCAGUUUACUGGGGGCUUUGGGGCAUAGCUGUCAACUUUUCCCUUUUCUUGCGAGGAAUCCUAUUCGGAAGAAGGGAAUAUCCCUUAAAAGGGGGGGAAAACGUUGACAGCUAUGCUUUGGGGGCAUUCUGUGACUUUACGGAGUACCGCAGUAAGGGCGGCAGUUGCGUGAGCAGUCGGGAGUUAAGAACUAAGUAAACUGGUUGCGGGACUUGGAAAUAGGUCGCAUUUGUUGCGGGAGGGUAGUUCAUGGAGGCGCAUCCCCGCAAAGAACCCGCUUUGCGCUAACAGCGUUGCUUAUCGGUCAAACUGUCUCCUGAGUUUCCUUGCUUGUGCAUGAAGUUACGCAUUAUCUAUCGAAAUGAUUUUAUAUACCACCAUCCUUUAGCGCAAUUCUUGCACUGUUGCGAACAAGACCGAGUAAGAUGACACCAAAAAAAGACAUAAAACGGCACAAUCAUUAACACAAGUGGUAACUAAUAGCUAAGUAGUAAUUUCUAAUCUCUGUCGCAGUAGCAACUAACGCAUUUGUCUAAUCGAUUCCUCCUUUCUCCAGACGCCUCGGGGGGGGGGGUGUAUUAACCAGCUGCCUAAAACUAUAAAGAGAUGUGUUGGCCGGGCUUGCUUUAGUUACUAAUGUGGGUAGUCAUCCCUAAGACCGCAUAUACACGCCAUGCGUUUGAAGUACAGUGGUACCUCAGGUUAAGAACUUGAUUCGUUCCGGAGGUCCGUUCUUAACCUGAAACUGUUCUUAACCUGGAGCACCACUUUAGCUAAUGGGGCCUCCCGCUGCCGCUGCCGCCGCCGCCGCCGCCGCACCAUUUCUGUUCUCAUCCUGAAGCAAAGUUCUUAACCUGAGCUACUAUUUCUGGGUUAGCGGAGUCUGUAACCUGAAGCGUCUGUAACUGUACACUACUUCCCACAAAGAAUUUUGAGAAUUUUAGUUUACCCCCAAUGUGCAACAAUUUCCUGCACCCUUAGCAAAUUACAGCUUCCUGUCACCUAUAAGUAUAGGAAAACGGGUUUAGAGUGUCGGUGUGGUAUAAUGCUUCCUAGGGUAUACGUGGCAAGUGGGUGAUAUAAGCCUAUUACAGUGGCAAAAAAAAAAGUGUCUCUGGAAAGGUUAGGAGGGAGAGAAGGGAAUUGUGCAGCUUGCUAGUAGGUCAAGAAAUGAGGAUUUAAGCAGAGAAAAAAGGUUUUUUGGAGGGGAGGAAAAAGGCCUGGACUUUUAGCUGUGAUUGUGAUUGUGACAAUGUGCCACUCCCUUUCUCUUCCUAGUUGACUGGGACCUGAAUAUUUUCAUCAUCAUGCUCGUUGCUGCUGAAAUUUUUUGUUUGGGGCUCUGCUUGUACUACCCCAAAUCGCGACGUUUCUUGAGGUCCUGCUGCGUGCGAUGCCAUCAGUGGUGGUGUCAGUACCUUUGCGUUCCUUCGGUGACCCGUGUCCUCGAUAUUCCUCUGCCUUGCUACGUCUGCAAACGCAGAGCUUCACCACCCUCUCCACCCUCUGCAGCUGCAGUUAUUCCGAUCAUCGUGGUUACCCCCCCUUCCUCAGAAGCUGCAAGUGAUGGACCUCCACUGGAAGAAGCGGGUCGCUUGUCUCCAGUGACCAUUGAAGACAGAGCUCGCCGUCCUUCUCGCUACAUCAUAGACAACUUCGGAGACAACAUAGUCUGA